UAUUAACGCUUACUUUUGACACACUGGUUGUAUGCGGUGCCAUUGAGAUUCUCACUCCCCAAUGUCCAAUUGUGCCCAACCUCCUUUGCGUAUUAGCCUUCCAAAAAUUACCACAUGUGCCACUAAUAUUAUGAGCACCAAAUUUCUAAUUUGUACACACGUGCCUUUCCCUGCCCGUAGGCUUAGAGCGCUAAAUAUUAGCCUGGUCCUGUUGCGUGACAUCUUUCCUACUCUUAAACGCUUGUUAACUGUGACCCCUGCCCAGAUUUGCAACUCGGGCAAUAUAAAACAAACCCUGCUCCAAAACCUGCAUAUUGCCCCCUCCACACCAUUCUAAUAUCCUGUUGUCUGAACAGUCAGUGGACACUCGUGUGCAUCCAUUUAUUUGUAAAAAAUGAAUUGUAUUGAGUGAGUUUUGGUUUGUAUAUCAAUUGAAGUGCGAUGUACAGCCACAAGUAUGACGUAAUGGUGUUUUUAUAUAUUGUGAUGGGUGUUGUCUGAUUAUUGCUGCUUAUUCAGGGUCUUUUUUACAGUAGGACCGUCUGGAUUUGCACCAGAGAAGAUGUACCACCGAUAUUAAGGAUAAUUACUAUACUACCAACACAUGGACAUCUGGAGACUUUUUAAGAUGCUACACAAUCAUAAAACAAAUCAUUUGUGGAGUCGGUCCCCCACCACCAGCGCCCUGAUGGCCAGCAACGUGACCAACAAGACAGACCCUCGCUCGCUCAACUCCCGGGUCUUCAUCGGAAACCUCAACACACUACUGGUCACCAAGACUGACGUGGAGGCCAUCUUCAGCAAGUAUGGCAAGAUCGUGGGCUGUUCUGUGCACAAGGGCUUUGCCUUCGUCCAGUUCGUCAACGAGAGAUGCGCCCGGGCUGCCGUAGGGGGUGAGGACGGACGCAUGAUCGUGGGACAGGUGCUGGACAUUAACUUGGCCGGAGAACCCAAACCCCACAGGUCAAAGACCACAAAGCGCUCUGCGGGAGACAUGUACAGGUCCGAUUCAAUCAGUCCCACAUUUGAUCUGGACUAUGACUUCCAGAGAGAUUACUAUGACCGAGUGUACUCGUACCCGUCCCGCGUGCCCCCUCCUCCUCCACCCCUGUCCCGAGCAGUGAUCCCAUCCAAGCGCCCGCGGGUCAGCAUGACUGGAGGGGGUAGCCGCCGCACCAAGGCCAGUUUCUCCUCCAAGAGCAGCCAGAGGGCAUCAAGAACAAUGAAAACAGAUGACCUGCAGACCAUCAAAAAGGAGCUGACGCUGAUUAAACACAAAGUAGACUACCUGCUGGAGAGCCUAGGCCGCAUGGAGAAGGACCACGGCAAGAAGUCAGAAGGGAAAGGUGCCAAGCCUGAACCUGGAGCGGUGUCCUCACUGCAGCACUCCAGCAACAAGGAGGAGAGCAUCAAGAGGGAGAGGGAGAACCAGGAGCUCAACGACUCUGAGGAGGGGGACCUGUUAGAAGAGGAGGUGGGGGGGAGAAAUGUAAAGAGUCAAGACAGGGAUGAUGAUGAUGAAGAGGAGGAAGGAGAACAUGUGGAUGGAGACGAUGGUGACAGUGUCAACGGAGAUGAGGAUUCAUAGACAGACGGAUGCACACUUGUACAGACAAACACAUCCACAACUUCCAGUGGGACCUCCGACUCCUAUUUUAAUUCCCACACUAUGAAAUGUCACUUACCUGCCCCCACUACCACCCUUCCAUUGUCCCACAGGUAUAUUUUUUUCUUGACGCAAUUUAGUUUGUCCCCAUUUCAGCCCCCUCCUAUCAUUGUUAUACAUCUAGCAUUGUCCUGCAGCCAAUUACAUUGGAACUAGCUGUAGGUAGCAAGCAGUAAUACGUGAUUUACUGUGCUGCUGUUCCUUUUUUUGACCUGCAGAGAGCAGAAAUGGCCGUUUAUUCUGACCUGGGCCACAAGUCAAAUCACCACAUUGGCAUUACUAAUCAAGAGAUGACAACUUUAAAGAUUGGGUUAAGGUUUGAAGAAACGGGCCCACUGAGUAUGUAUGUUCCUUAUAUUCAUGUUAUUAUUUUUAUACUAAGUUGUACUGUAAUAAAUUGCAAUUAAAUACUCUGA